CUAAUCAAGAAUCAGGACUCAUAGUUAUCAUUCUUCUUCAAGCUAAAGAAGAGAAUAUAUAGCACAGUAUAUAAACAUGUCAAAUUGGCAACUUUCUUCAUCGUCAGAUGGUAAAAAUACUUAUAGUGAAUCCCAUGUCAUGCAGACUUGUAACUUGUUGAAUCAGUAUCUCAGUGGAAAGGCCAGCCUCAAAGAUCUGAAACUUGGAAUCAGUGGCAAAGGAGAAGCCACAGCAACCAAGGAUUUGUUGACCAACAUGGGAGAAUCAUCAACUACGACAACAGAACAACACCAGGAAUUAAUAGAUCCUGUUUCUAAAAGUGCCACAACAAAAUCAACUAUGACAACAGAAGUACAAGACCAGAAAUUAAUAGAUCUUGUUGCUGAAAGUGCCACAACAAAAUCAACUAUGACAACAGAAACAGAAGUACAAAAGCAGAAAUUAAUAGAUCUUGUUGCUGAAAGUGCCACAACAAAAUCAACUAAGAUAACAGAAGUAGAAUACCAGAAAUUAAUAAAUCUUGUUGCUGAAAGUGCCACAACAAAGUCCUCUAGAGAAAUGGAUGUGUCUAAGGCCAGCAGCAGCAAGGAGAUACUACCAAAUAAGGAUGAGGAAAAGCCAGCCCAACUGUCUAUAUUCUAUGGGGGUAAAGUGAUGGUUUUUGAUGAUUUCCCAGCAGACAAAGUCAGAGCAAUCAUUUUAUUAGCUAGCAAAGGAAUCCCUCACAACUCUUGUGCCAUUUUUCAGACCAGCACCAUCGACAAAACUGGUCCACUUAAGUUGGGCUCUGAUUUAAAACAGCAAGCAGAGACUUAUGGAGCUAACAGCUUUGAUUUACCUAUUGCAAGAAGAUCUUCACUUUAUAGGUUCCUUGAGAAGAGAAAAGAUAAGGACCCGGCUAGAGUGCCGUACCAAAUGCCCAAUCCGUUGCCAUCUUCUUCAAGGACCAGUGAAGGCCAUUUUGAUCUCAACUUCUAGUUAUAAUCAACUACACGUCUAGUAUACCGAUGAGUUAUAUGUAUCGAUAGGAUUGCCGAAAAAUUAAUUAGUAAGUAGUACCUAAGACUGAUGAUGAAAGCUUGAUAUAAAGAUUUAUC